AUGUCGACUAAACUGCAGGUCUCGAAGGCGGUGACCAAGAAAAACACAGCCACGGGUGGCCCCGUGCAAAGUCCAGGCAAGGUGCAGAAUGGUACGAAGAAGAAGAGCACGGAGGCUGCACCCAAACCCCGGACAUCUAGCGGUGACGGCCCUCCUGGUGGCGAGGUUCGCAAGUCCAGCCGCCCUCGAAAGGCGAAAGUGUGGUUUGAGGAAGGGGCGGAUGCUACCGAAGAAGGUGCUGAUCCUGUUAAGUAUGUCGGGAACAACCUUGAUGGCGAGGAUGUGGACAACCAGAAACACGAGGACGAAGCUGAGGCCAACGGCAAGUCGGGUGACGUGGGCGAAAACGAGGUGGACGAGGCAGUAGACGAGGCCGGCGACGAGCCGGAAGAGGAAGACUUGGCGGAGGACGAUGCUGAAGAGAAGGCGGAUGAAGAGGAGGGUGACGAGGCGGAGGAAGAGGAGGGUGACGAGGCGGAGGAAGAGGAGGGUGACGAGGCAGAGGAAGAGGAGGGUGACGAGGCGGAGGAAGAGGAGGAUGAUGAGGCGGAGGAAGAGCAGGAUGACGAGGUGGAGGAAGAGGAGGACGAGGAGUCUGAGGAAGGGCAGGGGGAUGAGGACGAGGCUGAGAAGGGAAGUGAGAAAGGCGAUUCGGCGGAAGUGGGGGAAGGUGCGGAUGCGCACAAGCCUCAAAUCACAAGAAAGGGUAGCUUUGACGAGAUGCUGGAAGAGCAGGGUGACGCUGAUGACGAAGACAUGGAGGAUGAGGCUGUGGCUGAGGAACGUGCUAUGCUGCUUGGGAAGCUGAAGGCACUCGAUGAGAUCAAGGAACCCGUUGUCAGCUCGAAGCCUGCUAGAAAGGGUGUGAAACGUCUUCCGCGUUCAGAACCCUCUAAGGUUCCUGCUAAGCCACCGCGAGGGAAAGAUGCAGUCACAUCGGCUAAGGGAAAGGAUAAAGUUCUGGCGACCGAUAGUAUUCUCGGUGGGAAGUCGAAACGGGAGUUCGCCUUGGUGGUUGGCGGUGCGCAGAAAAAGCAGAACACCGGUGAAGUGUCGGCCAAACCGAAGUCAACUCCUACGGCAGCAGGCGCUGGGACCAGCGGGGGAAAGGCCAAGGCAGGCGCUGGGGCAAGCGGGGUAAAGGCCAAGGCAGGCGCUGGGGCAAGCGGGGUAAAGGCCAAGGCAGGCGCUGGGACCAGCGGGGUAAAGGCCAAGGCAGGCGCUGGGACCAGCGGCGUAAAGGCCAAGGCAGGCGCUGGGGCUAAACCGACCUCUAAGGAGGCCAACACAAAAACCAAAGGUCAGACUUUUGCCGCAUUGUAUAGCACUGCGGGAUGGUACCACUUUUUAUUCGUGGCAUGCUUGCUGAUGUCACGUCGCUUUCCAUCCUUCCCUGCCGUCGCUUUCCUCCCAUCCAUGCCGUCACCGUCAUCCCAUCCCUGCCGUCACCUUCAUCCCAUCCCUGCCGUCCCCUUCAUCCCAUCCCUGCCGUCACCUUCAUCCCAUCCCUGCCGUCACCUUCAUCCCAUCCCUGCCGUCACAUUCAUCCCAUCCCUGCCGUCCCCAUCAUCCCAUCCCUGCCGUCCCCUUCAACCCAUCCCUGCCGUCACCUCUGACCCGUCUCUCAGUCACCUUUCCUCCAUCUCUUCCGUCCCGUAUACAAUCAACAGCUCCCAAUCAGUACUCUGGAGCUGCACCACCGGUGAAGGCCUAGGGAGGCAUAGGGUGGUGAGGCUUUACCUAAACCCCAACUCCCCUCUGCUUGCCUGCCCACUCUCCCCUCAACCCGAAACCACACCUGCUACCCUAAAUACAGGCCUAGGGAGGCAUAGGGAGGUGAGGCUUUACCUAAACCCCAACUCCCCUCUACCUGCCUGCCCACUCUGCCCUCAACCCGAAACCCCACCUGCUACCCUAAAUCCAGGCCUAGGGAGGUUUAGGGAGGUGAUGCUUUACCUAAACCCCAACUCCCCUCUGCUUGCCUGCCCACUCUCCCCUCAACCCCAAACCCCACUUGCUUCCCCUUCCAGGCAUAGGGAGGUGAGGCUUUACCUAAACCCCAACUCCCCUCUGCUUGCCUGCCCACUCUCCCCUCAACCCCAAACCCCACUUGCUUCCCCUUCCAGGCAUAGGGAGGUGAGGCUUUACCUAAACCCCAACUCCCCUCUGCUUGCCUGCCCACUCUCCCCUCAACCCCAAACCCCGCUUGCUUCCCCAUCCAGGCAUAGGGAGGUGAGGCUUUACCUAAACCCCAACUCCCCUCUACCUGCCUGCCCACUCUGCCCUCAACCCGAAACCCCACCUGCUACCCUAAAUCCAGGCCUAGGGAGGCAUAGGGAGGUGAGGCUUUACCUAAACCCCAACUCCCCUUUGCUUGCCUCCCCACUCUCCCCUCAACCCCAAACCCCACUUGCUUCCCCAUCCAGGCAUAGGGAGGUGAGGCUUUACCUUAACCCCAACUCCCCUCUUGCUUGCCUGCCCACUCUCCCCUCAACCCGAAACCCCACCUGCUACCCUAAAUACAGGCCUAGGGAGGUUCUGGCCUCGUUGCGUGCGCUCUUUCAGCACAACGAUGCCAGCACCAGAGGGGUCUUUUUCGAGCAGCUGUCCUCAACUAGGACUUCUAUCAACGGCUGGAUGAGAAAGGUGGCACUCACGGCGUUGGGUCGGCAGGCGAACAAGUGCUACUUGGGGAGGUUACCAGCAGAUCUGCUUGCCCCACUCGAGUUCUACACGGAUGAGGAGCUCAUUGCACGUUACAAGGAUGGGGAGAGGGGGCUGGCAUGGCAUCGGGAGCUCCUCAUCCCUUUCGGCAGCCUCAUCUUCUCGGUGUCCAUCAAGUUGGCUUUGGCGCGUCGUGGGGUCAAUUCUGAGAAGAUUAAGACCCGCCAGCUGGGUUGGAUCCUAUAUGCGUUUGAGUGGCCAAUCCUCAACAACGCGCCUGAUGGGAAGUUGAGUGGCAAGUGGGAGUACAAUCGGAUCCAGUACGAGGAGAUGUGCACCCGUGUGAAGCGGGAGGUCGAGAUCGCUGUCAUUGACCAUGGUGUCCCAUACGCCAAAAACACGAACACAUUCAACUUCCCCAACGGCGUCUACAUCGACGCGUCUGACAUGGAGACCCUUGUCAGCAGGGUGCAGGUAACAUUGCUGAAUUCCUCCCAUCUCAUCCGUCCCCUUCCUCCCAUCUCAUCCGUCCCCUUCCUCCCAUCUCAUCCGUCCCCUUCUUCCCAUCUCAUCCCUCCCCCCUCUUCCCAUCUCAUCCGUCCCCUUCCUCCCAUCUCAUCCGUCCCCUUCCUCCCAUCUCAUCCGUCCCCUUCUUCCCAUCUCAUCCGUCCCCUUCUUCCCUUCUCAUCCGUCCCCUUCCUCCUAUCUCAUCCGUCCCCUUCCUUCCAUCCCCUUCCGUCCCCUAUGCCUCUUUGCACAGGCUGCACGACCUGCACCAGCCCGGGUUGUCACCCCAAACCCGUAAUCACGGAGGUUAGCAGCAGCACUAGGGGGAUCGGUGCAGGGCGUAGCAGUGGCAGUAGCAACCUGCAGGAGCAGCACGGAGACAGGGGCGUAGCAGUGGCAGUAACAACUAGUAGCCGCAGCAUGGGGACAUGCGGAGCAGCAGUGGCAGCAACGGGACAGGUGCGGAGCAGCAGCGGCAGCAUGGGGACAGGUGCUGAGCAGCAGGGGCAGCAGGGGGACAGGUGCGGAGCAGCAGGGGCAGCAGGGGGACAGGUGCGGAGCAGCAGUGGCAGCAUCGGGACAGGUGCGGAGCAGCAGUGGCAGCAUGGGGACAGGUGCGGAGCAGCAGUGGCAGCAUGGGGACAGGUGUGGAGCAGCAGGGGCAGCAUGGGGACAGGUGCGGAGCAGCAGUGGCAGCAUGGGGACAGCUCCAGCAAUGGCGUUGCGGGAUUCUACAACGGGACCUACUUAAUCGGCGCCUCAUCUGAGCCAAUCAGCGCCGACAAGGAGAUCGCCACGAUCCCCAAGAUCACCGUCCCUCUCGCUAUUGUCACGUACAGCUUCUUCGUGACAAAAGCCGCGGGAGCCAAGCCGCUUGUUCUCAACGCCAAGCAAUCGUUUGAUAUCAUCUCCGGCGCGACAACUUCCUGGGCCGAUGUUCCCGGCGCGGCCGCCGCGAAACUCACCGGCCCGAUCACGCGCGUCGCGCGCAGCACCAAAGUCGCGACGACGGCGAUCGUCCAGCAGAUGUGGUUGAAGGCCGGCGCGGGCUACCCCGCCGGCGGCGACACCACCGGCAAGCCCUUCACGUACGCCGGCCUCACUUUCGCCGCGACGAACGGCGAUAUGUGCACCAAAAUCGCCGGGACGCCCGGCAGCAUCGGGUAUUCGCACACUGGCGGAUGCAAGAACAAGGCUGGUGUGGCGGAAGUGGCUCUGAAGAACAGGAAGAACGUGGCCAUCUCUUCUCUGAGCUGGAACCCCAUUGUCGCCCUUCCCGCAAAGGUUCCUGCUCCGGACAAGACCUGGGACUCCGUCGAUCUGAUCUGGAACGCGAACGCCAAGGCGCCUCCCAUGGUUUCCAUGCAAUAUUCUUUCAUAAAGAAGAAUCUCAAGAAACCCAAGGUCCCUAACGGUGCAGUUGCAAAGGCGUUUCUGCUGUUCAUCCUUCCCAAGGCGGGCCAGAAGGCAUCUACCAGCGGCUUCCUGCCAGUUCCGGCCAAGUGGUGGGCUCCUUCGUAUACGGCCAUCAAUAACACUGUUCUUGUGUAG